GGUAACUCUACAAAUUUUGGCAUGGUUGAUCUUUACGGGACCGAGUGAAAUAAAACCGUUUCGUAGAAAUAUUAUGAAAAUGGAGUGGAAACCAGAACAAGAAGGACUAAGACAAAUACUAACACUUCUCAAAGAGUCUCAAUCACCAGAUACAGCUACGCAGAGGGCUGUACAACAAAAAUUGGAAGAAUUGAACAAGUACCCAGACUUUAACAACUAUUUGAUUUUUGUCUUGACUAAACUUGUCAGUGAAGAAGAACCUACAAGAUCUUUAAGUGGUUUGAUUUUGAAAAAUAAUGUCAAAGCACAUUACAACAGUUUUCUGCCUGAAGUUGCGGAAUUCAUAAAACGAGAAUGCCUAUCAGCAGUCGGCGAUCCUUCUCCCUUGAUUCGAGCUACUGUGGGUAUCAUUAUCACCACUAUAGCUAGCAAGGGAGAGCUAACUAAGUGGCCUGAACUGUUACCAGCCUUAUGUCAGAUGCUUGAUUCACAAGACUACAAUGUUUGUGAGGGAGCAUUUGGGGCUCUCCAAAAGAUAUGUGAAGACACAGGAGAUGUUCUAGACAGCGAUGCAUUGAACAGACCACUGAAUGUGUUGAUUCCGAAAUUCCUGCAGUUUUUCCGCCACUCUUCACCUAAAAUCAGGUGUCACGCUAUUGCUUGUGUCAACUACUUUAUCACGGGCCAAAUACAAGCUCUCAUGCUGCACAUUGAUACUUUCAUUGAGAAUUUAUUCCACUUGGCAGCUGAUGAGGAUUCAGAUGUCAGGAAAAAUGUUUGUCAUGCUUUAGUCUUGCUUCUGGAUGUGCGAUUGGACAGACUUAUCCCUCACUUACCUAACAUUAUUGAGUACAUGCUGGUGAGAACCCAGGAUCCUGAGGAGGGUGUUGCUUUAGAAGCUUGUGAGUUCUGGCUCACACUAGCUGAUCAAAAUAUUUGCCGUGAGGUUUUGGGCCCCAGACUACCAGCUCUUCUGCCUAUCUUAGUACGAGGUAUGCGGUAUUCUGAAAUGGAUGUGAUCUUACUACGAGGUGAUCGUGACGAUGAUGCAGAUGACGCAGAACCUGAUCGGGAAUCCGACAUAAGACCACGAUUCCACAAGCCACGAUCACACACAGUCAAACAUAAUGCUGGAGCAGGUGACAGCAAUAUGUCGGGAGGUGGCGAGUCAGACGACGAAGACGACGGCGGUGCGGACGCAGAUGAUGGCUCGUUGUCGGACUGGAACUUACGUAAAUGCAGUGCGGCAGCUCUCGACGUGCUUGCCAACGUGUUCCGCGCUGACUUACUACCUGUUCUCUUCCCGAUACUUAAAGAGACACUAUUCCACGAAGAUUGGGUUAUAAAGGAGAGUGGCAUUUUAGCCUUGGGUGCUGUGGCAGAUGGCUGCAUGGAUGGUAUGGUCCCACAUCUACCAGAUUUGGUCCCAUACCUGGUAUGCUGUCUGGCCGAGCGCAAGGCCCUGGUGCGCGCAAUCACCUGCUGGACACUUUCUCGUUAUUCACUUUGGAUUGUAUCUCAAUCACAUGAUCCAUACCUGAAGCCUGUGAUGACUGAGUUACUAAAGUGCGUGUUAGACAACAACAAGCGAGUACAAGAAGCGGCGUGUUCAGCUUUCGCCACCCUCGAGGAAGAAGCAUGCACAGAGCUUGUUCCCUACUUAGGCUUCAUUUUACAAACACUUGUGUACGCGUUCAGCAAAUAUCAACACAAGAAUUUACUGAUAUUGUAUGACGCUAUUGGUACACUAGCUGAUUCAGUGGGUCACCACCUCAACAAACCAGAAUAUAUCAACAUGUUGAUGCCACCACUUAUCAAUAAGUGGAACUUUUUGAAGGAUGAAGAUAAGGAUCUUUUCCCACUUCUUGAGUGCCUGUCAUCUGUGGCUACAGCUCUUCAAUCAGGAUUCCUCCCAUACUGCGAACCAGUGUUCAGAAGAUGUGUAUCAUUAAUAGAACAAACAUUAAAUCAAAAUAUAGCAAACACACAAAGUCCAGAACAGUUUGAAGCACCUGAUAAGGACUUCAUGAUUGUGGCGCUGGAUCUGCUGAGUGGGUUGGCAGAAGGCCUGGAUGGUCACAUAGACCACCUGGUGUUCAACUCCAACCUUAUGCAGCUGCUCUACCAAUGCAUGCAGGAUCCGAUGCUUGAGGUGCGUCAGUCGUCGUUUGCGCUGCUGGGUGACUUGACCAAGGCGUGUUUCCAACAUGUACUUCCUUACAUACCAGAGUUUCUACCAAUACUCGGUAUGAACCUCAAUCCAGAAUACAUUUCUGUAUGUAAUAAUGCCACUUGGGCGAUCGGCGAAAUAAGCAUUAAAUUAGGGCCUGAAACAUCAAAGUAUAUUCCUCUAGUUUUGAGCCAUUUGGUUGAAAUUAUCAACAGACCAAAUACUCCCAAGACUCUUCUUGAAAAUACAGGUAAGUGCACCUCACUGCGAAAUAUUCGCGACAACGACGAGAAGGACUCUGCGUUCCGUGGUAUCUGUCAGAUGAUUCAGGUCAACCCUGCCGGGGUUGUGCAAGACUUCAUGUUCUUCUGCGACGCUGUCGCCUCGUGGUCGCACCCUAAGGACGAUUUGAAGGAGAUGUUCACCAAAAUCCUGCACGGUUUCAAGAACCAAGUCGGCGAGGAAAAUUGGCGCCAUUUCACCGACCAGUUUCCCAUGCAGCUCAGCGUGCGCCUGUCUGCCAUGGGAACCAAUGUCAGCACGGGUCGGGAAGACAUUGAGGGUGUCGCAGCAGGCGCGGCACCCGCGCGUAGGGAACACUCGCUCGGGCCGGCCGCCGCCUGUCCGCCGCGUUAUGUGCCAACACACUGACCUCACUACACUAGCGAGGAUAUUUACACAUUUGUACCUAUCGACAGAGAAUAUAAUCUAGAUUGUAAAUUGUUACACUUCAUUCUUCUGUUCGUACCUGAAAUUGUUUUUCGUUCGACGAGACGUACAUUUAGAAGCGGCGUAAUCACUUAAUAAGUGUAUUGUGCACCGAGUAUAAAGUAAUCGUAGCUUGGAUGGGUCCGCUCGGCUUGCACGACAGACGCACAACGCACAGGCCGGGUCUGCGUACACACGUAUACGUGGGGUGCUAGGCUUUCUAUUCGUAUCUUGUUACACUCACGUUGCACGGUGCAUGCUUACGUGCCUCUUUGUAUAACCAUCGUAACGAGUGUACAUUCAUUGGCCCUUUCUAGUUGUAGUUUUACUCACUAAAUUUUGUAACACGGUGAUUAUUACCGAGUUAGAUGUGGUAUAUCUACUGUAAUUGCAUGAAAUUUAGAGAUAGUUUCUAGUUAGUAACAAAAAGAUGAGACGUGUUUAUGAAAAAUAUGAUUCAUUCUUAUUUUGAAUUUUGCAAAUUGGUUCUAUAGUUUCAAGUUUUAAAUAACGACACAUCGAAUCAUCCGAGUCUCAUCAUAGGAAUUACCUAAACAAGCAGUAGUAAGGUAAACAUAAUAUUGAUAUUGAUAAGAAAUGAUAUCGAAUCGAUACCAGUAACUACAUAACGCAAGUAUAAUCAUAUCGCGAGCUACUUGCGUAGUAGACAUCGCAAGUACUCGCAUCGCCAGUCACAUCGUUCGCCUUUUGCUCGUAAUCGUUUAGCUUAGGUUGCCUGAUGCCAUUCACUGCUCAACACAAAUACAGCACGUGUUUAAUUUAUAAUUCACUAACAUAAAUGCUGCUACUUUUAGUUGAUUUCAAAUGAACAGUCAUUCGGUAAUUGAUUUGUCCAAAAGCAUUUAUCUACACCCACUAGCUAGAGAGCAUCGCAAAUAUAUUUUAUUACAAUUUAAAAUUGACGUGUUAACUAUUAUUAUUUUAUAUAAAUUACAAAGACUUAGUAAAAUCGAGAAUUUAUGUGAACUGUGAUUUGUGACUGGAUUUUUUUUUUUGACUAAUAUAUGUGUAUGAUGAUUUUAUGUCUGUGUCAGUGUAGAUAUGAUAUACUGCUUUGAUAGAUUUUAUGAAGGCUAGAUUUCUGCUAUAUAAUAUACCAAAUAGUAUUUUUACGUUGUAUAUUGUUUAAUGGAAUUGUAUGUGUGAGUUGGCCGGUGGGUGGACGCUUGCAGGGCGACGUGUGGUGCGGUCCGUGCAACUCUCACAAAGCUAUAUUUACACAUUUUGUACUCGUGUGCGUCGCGCCCGCGACUGUCCGCUGCGCAGGUCAACUUUAUGAUUGAUAUAAAGUACUAUUUACGUGUAUAUUUAAUUAAAAUAAUAUUAUGUAUAUGUAAAUACAUAUUGCGAUGUAUAUUAUUAUUAUAUUCAAGUAAAAUUGUUAUUUUUUUGUUUUAUGAAAAGCUAAAAGUCUGACUUUAAACACUUGUUAUAAUAUCAUUUAAUUUUUUUUUCAGAUACGGGGUCUGAAAUUAUGUAGUUCGAAUGAACAUUAGUAUAUUUAACAAAUUGCAAUCGUAGUAUAGGGAGCGUCGAUUUAAUAUGGUAUUUCGGGGAUAAAAAGAAAUUUUAACAUUCCGUAAUCUAAAUUCUGUCUUUUGGCUCAGUAUAAAACGUCAGUGUCGAGUGUUGCUAUACUUUUAGUUUUGCGAAUCGCUAAAUUAUAAUAUUUAGAUAUACAUAUUAUAUACACGUCGUGAUUGUAUCGAGUAGGAGAUAUCCCCGAUCCCUGAGACCCGCUGAGUUCCUAUCCUGAGUCCUGUCUAGUCCCAUCCCGUGUCAUGUGCCAACGAAGCCCGGACGACUCGCAGGUAGGUGCGGCCGCACCGAGCCGUCGUGUCCAUACGGUAGCUGUUUCACGUCUCGGUACCCGUAGGAACAUUAAAUUACUGUAGCUACCUUUCGGAUAAAUUUGAGACACAUUGUUUAUUUUUUAAGUAGAAUCCAUUUUAUAUCGAUUAUAUGUUACGGGUGGCCUCGUAAUUUAUUUUUAAGGUUAGUAGAUUUUAUGGUCAUGAUUUUUUUAAUGUAGAUGUUUGUUUUUCCUAAAAAAACCGUGAUAAUAGUUGGAUAAGUGAUCGCAUGCGUGAAUGUGUGAGUGAAGCGGCAUUCGUAAGGCACUCCCUUCCUUGAGGCAUAGUUAGUAUUUUAUUAUAAAUAUUAUAGUUGUAUCGUUUGGACGAACAUUAAUUGUGAUGCAUUGUCGAUAUAAAUGUAGAUUGUUUGUGUCGCGUUAAAUUGUAAUAUUGUGUUGUGGAUUAUUGUCAAAACAUGCGUACGUUGUAUUUAUUUAUAUGAAUAUUAUAAUCACAUUGUCCACGUUAGUUAAUCAUUUGGAUUGAGCUUAUAUUAUAUUCAAUUACAGAGUUGAGCUCAGCGCUGAAAAUAUUUUUAUACUAUAGCAUUUACAUAGAGGAUCAUUCCGUUUAUGUCUUUGGAAUGAAGUUAAUUUAUAAAGUUUAAAUGCGAACACUUGCAACGGUCGCGUGAGCCACACUGAUUGAAUACGUCUACGUAUAUGUUAUCCAUAAGGAUUUUUGGAUCGGGGCUUUAUAAUUGCGCUCAACAGUUGUCUGUAGCUGUUCAUGUCAAUGUAUUAACCAUUAUGAAUUACUUCAUCAUUGAAUAGGUUCCGCCAUACGUCUUUAUAACAAUGGUCCCAUAUACCCAAAGGGUGACUUGAGAUAAAAUAAUUGUUUCCAAGUGACAUUUCAUUCGUCCCUCUCUGCCCACCAUAUAUCUAAAUCUGUAUUUCGAUAAAAUCUAAAAAACGUUUGCAUUAACUUUAUCUGGAUGUUAUAAACUUACUGGAGUACUACAAUAGUGGAACAUAGUUCAUACGAAAUACUUUCAAUGUACAAAUUUAUCCAGAUUGUAGUGAAAUAGACACUUGCAUUUGGAAUAAAAUAGCUGCUAUGCUAGAGUAAAUAUUAUGCUAGCGUAUUUUAAUAGGGAUUGUUUUUGCACCACGAAUUCAUAGGCGUUUUGAACCUGUUUCGUUUCUAUAAAAACAGAUAAAGUUUUUAGAAACUAGUUACCAAACUGUUCUUCUGCCCUUGAGGUGACAUUGCUCAUUGCGAAGCGAUAUCGGCGGUAUGAAUGACGGUCCACUCAUUUUGCUGCAGACUAAAUUCAGAAACCAAGUCACAAUUUGGACCACAACAGCAAUUAUUUUAUCACAGACCCUGCACUCGGACCUACUCGUUUAAAAUUGAAGCAUUAUCAACAUCUAAACACAAUGUAGACAAUGUGAAUUUCUUAUAUUUAUUAAUCUUUCGCUAAAUAAAACUAAUAUUGUUAGUUCUGCAAUUUUUUAUUUAUUUUUAUCCAUUAUCUAUUAACUACAUACUAUAUUAAAUUAAAACGCAUAUAAGUCAAUGUUUUAUAUUAUGUUAUUAAUAUUUUAUUAUAUAUAUGUAUAGUAUAUUAUUAUAUUACUACUUUUAUUUACAAAAUCACUACCAAUAGAUAGUUCUCUUGCAAAUUGCAAUAGGAAAUCUAUGCGUGGAACUGUAUCGUGUAUAAAAAUAAAUAUAUUUUAAAUACUUAAAUGUAAAUCCUUGUCACCUGUAGGCAAAAGUGUAAGUUAUUUCAUGAAAAUAACCGAAAUUGCAAAUAAUAUGUUUGUUUUGUAAAUCCUACAUGAUUUCAGGUAAGUCCGGUACAAAUUUGCACACCAUAAUUUAUAAUUAAUAUUUUGUUGUUUGUUUUACAUAAAGUGAGUACAGACGUAUAAACUCAUAAUAGACAUAACCUACCUCUAUUUUAAGGCCUAACCCUAGGCAGUUUGUUCAAAAUUAAAAAUUAUAAUUUUGGAAGAAUAUAUUUAUACAACUCACUUUUGAAAUAAAAAUUCUGUACUCAUUUUAUAUAAGUAUGUUUUAAAAUAUACAAAUUCAAAUGUAAAACAUAACUAUAUCAGUAAUAAAUUGUUUGAAAUCAGGUUCUGGUUGUAAUAUGAUGACCUCACAAUAGACAUUCUUUUACCAAACAUUUCGUUAAUAAAGCACUCAUUGUUCGAAUAUCUUGUUUUUUAUUUAACAUCAUUCAUAUUAAAUUAAAACAUCCUGAACAUUCUGAAGCAAGUAAUGUGAGAAUUAUUGUACACCUAUUAUAGACUCUAUGGAAAAAGAUAGUUUUUGUCUUUGAGGUUGACUGUUAGGUAAUGGAGCGUAGGUGGUGAGUAAAGCUGCGAGUAGGUUCCUGCAGAGUAGAGCGGCGGGUGGGCCCGGAGGUGGCGGUGGCAAGGGCGCAGCUCCACGAUCUAAUUCCACGUCCGCGAAAGCUCUGCGCCGUCGGACACGCUCAUUCCAAGCUGGAUCAUUUGAAUAUGGCCGAUCACCGUAGAUGGAUGGUUGCACUGGGAAUGUCCUGGACAUCUGCAUGCACCGCAGUCGGGCGCGGUAAGCUCUCUUGCGGGCGGCUAGAGCUGCAGCUUCUCCAUCGCGAGCGUCUGAACUGCCAGCACCCUGUUGUCUGCGAAGUGCCACC